UAUCAUCUGAUAUAUAGUAUAUAGGUGAUGCGAUAAAAACAUAUUUAAAAAGAUCGAAAUUAUGAGUCCAAAAUCCACAGCCUUUUGGAAAGCUGAGCAAAGUCUGAUGAAUCUUUUCAAGCAUUGUUCCACUCCCAACCAUUUGAAACAAAUACAUGCUAGAAUAAUCCUAACUGGUUUUCAUCACAACCUUAUUCUCGCCGGAAAGAUUAUCAUGUUUUCUGCUCUAUCCAAUAUCAAUUACGCACUUUCUGUAUUCCACACUAUUCAUAAACCAGAUGCAUUUCUCUGGAAUACCAUCAUUAGGGGUUUUGGUAAUUCCACCCAACCUCUAAAUGCUAUUCAUUUCUACAAAAGAAUGCAACUUGCAACAGAAUAUGUCAUUCCUGAUAAUUUUACCUUUUCUUUCUUGCUUAAAAUUAUUGCUAGAUUACAAUUACUUACCUUGGGGAAGCAACUGCAUUCUACUGUCUUUAAGUUUGGUCUUCAAUCUCAUACUUAUGUUAGGAAUUCUCUCAUGCAUAUGUAUGGUAUGUUGAAGGAUAUACAAGUUGCACACCACUUGUUCGAGGAAAUGCGUAAACCGGAUUUAGUUGCAUGGAAUUCUAUCAUCGACUGUCAUGUGUAUUGUGGAAAUUACAAUGAAGCUCUUGAUUUGUUCACGAGAAUGCUGCGGCACGGUGGUAUGCAAUUGCAACCUGAUGAUGCAACUUUGGUAGUGACCCUUUCAGCUUGUGGUGCAAUAGGAGCACUUGAUUUUGGGAGGAAGGUUCAUUUGUUUAUACGAGACAGUAUUAUUAAUUUUGGGGAAAGCAUAUCGGUCUUUAAUGCCCUUGUCGACAUGUAUGCAAAGUGUGGUGCUGUGGAAGAAGCCUAUGAGACAUUUAGCAACAUGAAAAGGAAGAACUUAGUUUCAUGGAAUAUCAUGAUUCUCGGCUUUGCUUCCCAUGGUAAUGGAGAAGAGGCUUUAUCACUUUUUACAAGAAUGUUACAAGAAAAUGUUGAGAGACCGAAUGACGUUACUUUCUUGGGAGUAUUGUGUGCUUGUAGUCACGGAGGAUUGGUUGAUGAAGGAAGAUGGUAUUUUGAUAUUAUGAAUCGAGACUACACCAUCCAACCUACAAUAAAGCAUUAUGGGUGCAUGGUGGACCUUUUGGGUCGUGCUGGUUUAGUCAUGGAAGCAUACGAUUUGAUAAAGAACAUGCCAGUAGACUGCAAUGCUAUUGUAUGGAGGACAUUGUUAGCUGCAUGUCGAAAUUAUGGAAAUGUUGAACUUGGUGAGAAGGUAAGAAGACAUCUAUUGGAAUUGGAACCAGACCAUAGCAGUGAUUAUGUUCUUCUUGCUAACAUGUAUGCAAGCACAGGUCAAUGGAAUGAAAUGAGCAAACAGAGAAGAUCAAUGCAUGAAAGGAGAGUUCGGAAAACAGAGCCUGGUAAUAGCUUUAUUGGCAUUCCUGGAAUGAAGUUGGAGAAAGAGUCUGUUGAAAGAUUGUUGUAACGCCACCCAGAAGUUUUCGUUUAUGCUUAAACAGCUGUCGGCUUCUUGGUUUGAAGGUUUCAACUGACUUGGCCGGUCUGGUAACUUGUCAGAGUUGUAUGUCAUCUCUACUGUGUUUCAUUCAAGACCUGUAUCCUCAUGAUGCAACUUGAAAAAAUACAAGGAAACAAUUUUUGACUAAGCGGAAAACAGUAAGAAAAAUAUAUCUGCUACUACUCACUGUAUUUAUCUUUUUUCUCCUUUCAAGUAUUACCUAAAAUAAAUAGAAUGUGAUCAAAAUCUAGAACAGGAAUAUUUCAGCCUCAAUACAUUUAGUCUUUAUAAGUAGAAUCUUAUUAAAAUUAUGAAGCAUCAACUUUUUGAUAUCAUUUGGAUAUAUUGGAACUUAUUAGAAUUAAAAGUAGUGUAAAACUUAGUGAAGUCUAUACUAAGUACAUACAUAUUUGAAAAUUGAUUGUUAUGUUUUUUUGAUUCAGGAUUCUUUCUUGAACUUCAUUUACAUGGAAGAAUGAAAUACCAGCCUGCAGCAAUGGGCUCCUAAGACGCAAGGUAGGAAUCUCCGGAGUGGUUUCGUGAUAACUGUGUUGGGGUGCCCCUAGCGCUGAGCCACGACCAGAUUAUAGAUGUUGGUAACAAGUUCAUUUGCACCUUGCAUCUCGAGUGCAGCUUGGAGUCGGAGAUUCUGAGACACAUUUGGCUCUGACGAUUGCAAUUGUGGCGGAGGUUGCUUCAACGUGUGAGCUUGGAAUUCUUGUUGAAACACUUGGAAUGACGAUGGGACUUGAAAAGUAUCUUGCAAAGCCAGUUGAGAAGUCGGGAUCUUGUGAGAUGCAACAAAUGUAGAAGUUACCUGAACUAGAACUCCUACUUUCGGCGAAGGAGGCUCUUCAAAUGUGAGGGUGAAGACCGAUGCGAUGAUGUUGUGGAGUGCCUGGAAGGAUGAUCAGGCGUUACGUGUAGGAAUAGCGUUGAGAUGAAUAGUGGGUCGAGUUGAUUUGAAAGCUACUAUCGAUGACAGUUGUAAAGGUUAAUUGUGACAGGAUCAGUUAAUAGAAACAGUUGCGUUGGAGCAGUGUCUUGCUUCAGUGCGGGACUCUCCAACGAGAACACACUUAUUCGCGAAUGAGCAAGAUUGUUUGAUUACGCCUUCGAAUUAGGUCGAUCUUAUUGGACUGUUUGGUCUAUUCAAAAAAUAGACAGAAAAAAUUCAAGAAAAUAACAUGUAUUUUAAUGACAUAUACUAGUAUAAAUAUAUGACAUUUUAUAAUUAGUUU